CAGCAAUGCUGAGUGACAAUAACUCUGCGAAGCAGAAAAGUGAUUGUUCACCUCCUGUGCAAUGGUGUAAGGUGGCUGUACAUGAAGAUGAGAAGACCAACCUGGUUUUUAAAAGGUACUCACAAAAUUUUUGCAUUGUUUGUGAUUGGAGGGUGCUUCCUUUAUAUCCUCAUAUUACGUAUGGGCCCUGAAGAAUGUGACAGAACAAAAAUGCCAUAUGUGGACUCCGAUCGUGCAAAGAAAGCACAACAGUAUGCCAAGGCUGCAUUGCAGGAACAGUGCCGACCUUCUUAUGUGAAGAAAGAAAUGAGGAAGUUAUUUGCAGAGAAAUAUAGCAUGGACAUAUCUCCCUUUGUAAGAAAAAAUAUAAAUGAAGAUGAAGCUUUAUUUAAAUACGAACCUCCUUUUGGAUUUCGUAAGUUCUUCGAUAAGCUUAAAAAUCUCCUUGAACUCUUACCUGAGCAUGAUUUACCGGAAGAUUUGAAGUCAAAACACUGUAAGCGUUGUGUUGUUGUUGGUAGUGGUGGAAUUCUUCGUGAAUCAAAGCUGGGUCACUUUUUGAAUCAGUUUGAUAUUGUUAUAAGGUUAAAUGAUGCACCAGUUCAAGGAUACACAGAUCAUGUUGGUGAAAAAACUACUAUACGGAUGACUUACCCAGAAGGCGCCCCCCUUUCUGAACAUGAGUAUCCUCCUGCUAGCUUGUUUGUGGCAGUUUUGUUUAAAAGUGUUGAUUUCAGUUGGCUUCAAGCAAUGGUAAAAAACGAAAGCUUGCCUUGGUGGGUGCGACUCUUCUUUUGGAAGAAGGUUGCUGAGAAAAUUCCUCUUACAUCGAAACAGUUUCGGAUUCUGAAUCCAGUCAUCGUUAAAGAGACAGCUUUGGACAUUUUACAGUUCCCUGAACCUAGAUCAAAAUUCUGGGGUUGGGAUAAGAAUGUACCUACAAUUGGGGUCACAGCAGUUGUUCUGGCCACACAUUUAUGUGAUGAAGUGAGCUUAGCAGGAUUUGGAUAUGACCUCGAUCAGCCCAGCACACCUUUGCACUAUUACAACAACCUCUGCAUGGCUGCCAUGAACGGACAAACGAUGCACAAUGUGACAAGUGAAACAAAAUUCUUGCAAAAACUGAUCAAAGAAAAAGUUGUCAAAGACCUCACUGGCGGGAUACAUUGUGAAUUCUGUGGCAAAGACAGCUAGUGAUUGAAGUGCGGCAUUGUUUGGAUUUGUUAAAUUUCCAGAGGUUCAGCUGAAACAACUUU